UCUAAUUGAUAAUAACUCUACACAACUAGUCUCUUUACCGCAUCGUGUUCAUCAUGGAUAAAUUUUUAAAAAACCUCUUCAUCAUUCACUCAGUUUUCCAGUUUCAGGUAUUAGCUCUUGAUUUAGAUAACAGUUUCUAUACAAAAGAGGAUAAUAUUUGCAUGGAACGACUUGGCGUAGAUAAGGCCUUUCUAAACAGUCAUGUCAGCGAAUCAUUUGUACUAACUAGAGGUGACGAGAGGUACAAUGAGUACGUAGACUGCUGGGCGACGGAAGCGGGAGUUCUAGAUGACAAUGGUCGUUUAGUGUAUCCGGCGUUGGAAACUUUUAUCUCCAACUACAUGUUUAAUUUAAUACGUAAACCGAACUAUCCAAACAAGGAAGAGGUGGCAAGGAACAUUGUAAACGACUGCAAACCCACGGCAGUUGGGGACAGUGGUGCUGAUAAUGUAAUUUUGAUGGCAAAUUGUCUUUAUGCACGUUUUAUGGCGCUGCAAUAAGAUCAUUAUAAUAAUUUCAUUCGAUCAUUCAAAAUAAUGUUUGUAGUAGAAUUCAUAAUAGUGAAUUUGAGUACACUCAGGUUAUAUUUUCAAAUAGUUUUGAUGUUAUCGUUAUUACUUUGGUUUCUACAAUUACAUACUCAAUGGAUUCUUUUAA